UGUUCUUCAGGCUCUGGAUCACUGAAUGGUACAGCUGGUCAGACUGGUCACUGCUAAGUGUGUAUACUAGUCAGUCACCAUGGUCACUGGUUAGGGAUCACUCUGGGAGCUGCAAAAUUAGACAUGGGCUUGGAUUUCCUCACCAUCAUUCGGCUUCAAGCCAUCAUCUCUAAGCUGUAUAUGUAUGUUGUGCACUAGCCACGGAGGCGGAUGCUCUGGAGUGCCCCAUGUACUAGCCAAAGUAUUUGGUUCACAGAACUAAUCACCAUUAAAUGAGGUCCACACAGGACCAGGGAGACAGAUCAAAUAACUGGACUCCAGGAGAGAUCAGUGGAAAAGAUCAACCAGCUGAACUCCAGAAGAGGUCAGGGGGAAAGAUCAACAGGCAGAGCUCCAGAAGAGAACAGUGGAAAAGAUCAACAAACUGAACUCAAUAAAAGAUCAGUUAAAAAGAUCAUCCAGCUGAACUCCAGAAGAAAUCAGGGGGAAAGAUCAAAAAGCUGAACUCCAGAAGAGGUCAGGGGGAAGGAUUAACAGGCUGAACUCCAGAAGAGAUGUGUGGGAAAAAUCAACAAACUGAACUCAAUAAUAGAUAAGGAGAAAAAGAUCAUCCAGCUGAACUCCAGAAGAAAUCAGGGGGAAAGAUCAACAAGCUGAACUCCAGAAGAGGUCAGGGGGAAUGAUCAACAGGCUGAACUCCAGAAGAGAUCUGUGGGAAAGAUCAACAAACUGAACUGUAUAAUAGAUCAGGAGAAAAAGAUCAUCCAGCUGAACUCCAAAAGAAAGCAGGGUCCAAUCAUCCAAACUCCAGACGAGACCAAGAGGAAAAAUUUACCUAAUGUAGGCAGAAAGACCAUCUAACUGAAUACUGAAGAGGUUAAGGGGAAUAAUCAACCACCUGGACUUUAAAAAAGAUCAGAGGGACAGAUCGACCAGUGGAACCCGACAAAUUCACUAAACUCCAUAAUGAGUCAAAAGGACAGAUCAAUCAGCUGACUAAAAGGAAUAAAUCCAACAGAUCAACUUAACUAUACAAAGUAUCUCAAGAAAAGUAUUGGUCAACCAACCCAAAGUGUAGUGAAAUACUAACUGCAGGGAGUUAUUUGUCAUCUAGUCCAAUGCCAAAAGAGAAAUAGUGAUUAUCGAAGUUGGCCAUCCCUUUCCUCUAGCUGAAGACAUUGACUAAAAGCAAAUAGUUGAAGUCAGUUUGUAGUUCAUGGGUAGUUAGACAGUCAUCAAGUCUCUGGAGAGUCAGUGGAGGAAGACUAUAUAUAUAUUAAUAUCCCAAACGGAAGAGCAAGAUGAUUGAGAGAAGUGUUGUGUGGGAGGCAUCCGUGGUAGAGAAUGUUGCCGUGGACAAUGAUGCUGUUACAUGGGUCUGGCAGAAGCUAGUUGUCGUUGUAGUCUGCUGGAUUUGUCACCUGGUUCUUCAGCGCUGUGGUCCGCACAGUAAGUCUGGCACCCAUGGUGUAGUUACACUGCCCGUACAUGGAAUAUGCCAGAGAAUGGGAGCAUGCCUUUGCAAGGACAGUUCAUCCCAGUCCAGCGUUCCGCCCCCAAGUAACCACGUGACAGAGAGCACUGGACAGAGGUCACAAGGGGUCAUCCCUGCCCAAUCACAGCCCACAGCUGUUGCUGAGGUGCUAUGCCAGAGCGACCAGCCAAACUCGCCAGAAAGGCAAAACCUUGUGGACCUAUAUACAUCCAAAAUUAACAGCUUAGUCUUGGAAACCCUGACUCUAAUAAGGACUUUGGUUGACAAUGAACAGGAGCCUCCUCAAGCAAUGUUGUUGUUGUAUAAGAUAGCAGACAAGGAGCUGGGCUGGCUGGCCGUGGUGCAGUCCUUGGUCAGGGCUAUCCCCAUGGAGAACCCACUUGGCCCUGCUGUCAUCACCAUGCUUCUGGAUGAGUGUCCCCUUCCCACCAGGGAAGCCAUCCUAAAAUUUGCCAAGAAUGAGAACUUGUGUAAGACAACAUCUUGCAAUGGGCGUAGUGAUCCCAGAGUGCACCGGAAUAUCUGUGUUAUUCUUGGCUGUCUGGCAGAGAAGCUAGCAGGUCCCAACAGUAUUGCUUUGUUGUCUGAAGAUGUUUUGGACUACCUGGUGUCAAAUUUGACCAAGGAAUGCCAUCCGGUUGUGAUUCUACAUUCUAUUGUUGCUUUGGAAAAGUUCUCACAAACUAGUGAGAACAAGGUAACAAUCGCCAAGCGGUUAGAGCAGGGCAGUGGUAACCUGUUACUAGACCUGGAGAGUUGGUUAAACAGUGAAAACUACAUUGAGCGGGAGGUAGGAUUCUGUGCCCAGUGGUGUCUGGAUAAUUUGUUUAUCUCAGAGGGUCGUCCUUUCUCCUAUGAGAAUGCCAAUGUUGAAAACCUCAAUGUUAUGUUAAAUACCAAAGAUGUUAGUGAAUAUCUGAAGAUAUCUCCAGAUGGCCUUGAAGCUCGGUGUGACGCACUAUCAUUUGAAAGCGUGCGCUGUACAUUCCAGGUGGAUGUGGGGGUGUGGUAUUAUGAGGUGACAAUCAUCACACCGGGUGUCAUGCAGAUAGGCUGGGCAACCAAUGCAUGUGCCUUUUUAAACCAUGAAGGUUAUGGGAUAGGUGAUGAUGAAUUCUCUAUAGCUUAUGACGGCUGCAGGCAGCUUAUCUGGCAUAAUGCUCACAGUGAACCCCAUCGGCAUCCAUGUUGGAAGGCCGGAGAUACUUUGGGCCUGUUGUUAGAUGUGGAUAAUCAGCAGUUAAUAUUUUACCUCAAUGGCCAUGGCUUGGAGCCUCAUCACCAACUCUUCAGACAAGCCAAGAGUGGUUUCUUUGCUGCAGCUAGUUUUAUGUCCUAUCAACAGUGCCAAUUUAACUUUGGAGCAAAACCAUUCAAGUUCCCUCCACCUGUAAAGUUUAAUAAAUUCAAUGAUUUUGGUCACCUCACCAAAGAUCAGAAAGUCAUCAUGCCCAGGCAUAAUCUCUUAGCAUUACUGAGGAGGAUGAGUGUGACGGAGGAUUCCUGUACUCUCUGUUUUGACCACAAAGCCACUGUCACGUUAAGGCCUUGCGGCCACAGGGGUUUCUGUGUGAGUUGUUCUUAUCAGUUGGAGACGUGUCCGAUGUGUCGGGAGGCGAUCAAAGAGCGUGUGUCAAGGAGCGAGGAUGACAUGGAAGUUGACCAGAGCCACAGUGAGGCUUCAGACAUUGACGUGCCCGACCAUUCACAAGUCCUCAAAGCUGAUCAUGUGAUACUUUCUGUAACUGAUAAUCCAGCGUCCACAUCACAUACAAAUAAUGUUGUGGCGACAGUGUCAUGAAAGGACACCUGAUCUUUUUACCCCAGCCCCAAACUGUGAUGUUAAUUCCACACCUUGUUUUGUGGAAUCACCUGUUUUAUGGUGUUUUAAUCAGAAACGCCACCCUGACUUACCAGAAAACGCGAUGAAAACCUGGAUCAGGAUGGAAACCUAGUCAUCUGAGGCAUGUUCAUGAUGCCAGGUGAAAUUCUGUCCACCCACAAAGGGUUUGCAGUUCUUUUAUCUCAUAAUGAUUCAUUUAGUAUUUUAGCCCAUAGAGUGGCUCUGUGAAGAUGAUUGUUCUAAGCUUCUUAACUGACUCACUAGUUUUAAUUUCUCGAAAGAUUUUUUAACUAAAACAAGAGACAUUGAGAAAAAACACUGUUCUUGUACAUGUGAUACUAAAGUGAAGCAGUCGAACACAUGGUAAAAAAACCAGUGCUUAUAGUUCUUCAUGUGAAAGAAUGAAAUUCAUUACACUUUAGGUUCUAUUCAUAAAACCCAAAAACAACAGCUUUGCUGUAAUAUUUAUCAAUGUGUGGGGUUUUUGGUUUGGGGGUAAGUUCUCAUUGAUUUUACGUAUUAUGGAUAGGACAGCUUCAUAAUAACAAAUGAUGUCAGUUUUUCUAUGCAAUAGUUUCAAAGCGUAUUCUCACAGAUGCCUACUGCACCUUGUUGUAUUACAUGAACUGUUGGGUUAGUGAUGAACAUACAGAUAUUGAAGAAGUGCUGGUUUAUGAAUGUGGAUAUUUGGUGUGACUAAUUUAUUGUGUAGAAGUGUGAUUACUGAUAAUUUUGUACUGUCCAGUGUAUGCCUUAUACUGCAAGAUGACCACUGUUACAGUGGGGUUUUGUAACUCAGAAAACACCAGUAUCUGCUGGCGCACUAGCACAGUGUAAUGACCCAGGAGCCUCUCACCAAUUCAGUCGCUGUGAGUUCAAGUCCAGCUCAUGCUGGCUUCCUCUCCGGCCGUACGUGAGAAGGUCUGAUUAUUCAUGAUUACUUGUGUUGCUAUUGGAAUCACUGGUAAUGUUAUCCAAUUAGGAAGAGGGCACUGCUGUUUUAUGAGUUACAAGAUUUGUUUUCCUGUAUGCACCACAGGCACAUGAUUAUAAGCUUAUAGUUGAAAUUCUCCCCUUAUUUUCAUGCCAUAUUGUCAACUGAGCAUGUUGACAGGCUUGAUUAGGUCUUGAAAGUGAUACCCGAUUUACUAAUAACAAAGUGAGGUUUUCUUUCUUUUAGUUUACAGAAAUACUUAGCAGAGAAUGUAUGUUAUGCAUAGAUCUUCCCACUUGUAGUGUGCUUAUACCAGUUGCACACAUUUUUUUGUUGCAAAGUGUGAUAUAAAAACAUGAACAUACUCUUUAUGACACACAUUGGAUUCACCUCAUUUGAGCUCAGAUCAGUAAAUGUGCCAUGUAAACUAAUCUCACUGUUAAACUAGUUGCAUUUCAUAAUGGUUAUGUAACUGUAGAACUUCGGAAAUAAUUGUACAUCUAUCCAAGAUUCAUAUGUUUGCCCAGUUUUCUCCUGUAUUUCUUGUGUAGAGUCCAGCUGUUGUGACUAUGCUGCACAUUUGAAUGUAAUGAAAAGUUGAUACAUCCUGAUGAGAGGCUGUCUAUCGUCACAUUACUGCAAUGUGUCUCUUGUACUGUUUUUUGUUACUGAUGCACAUUAGUACUAUCAUGUGAUGACUUUUAUCUGUACAUUCCAUUUUUAAUUUCCUUUUUUUUUUUUCAUGGAGAUUGGCAAAAGUGAAAUUACUUUUAAGUUUAAAUGUUGGUGAUUUAGGUCUGCUUAAAUUUUAUUGAAAUAUUUUAAGCUUCACACUUUUACCUUUGAAUGUAUUUUAAUGUGAUGUACAUAAUAAGCAGGAUUCAAGAUAUAAUGUUACAGCGUUGUCACUGUACGGCAAGGUAGGUUCAUUCUGUCAGUUUUAUACAUAGAUACAUAGAAAACCAACUGAACAAAAUCAGACUGAUCUUCUUAAUUAUGUUCUGGUGUGGGCUUGGGUUCCCUAUGUUGCAAAAAUGAUGAUAUUUUGCCCAUAAUUUGAUCCAAACACAAAUACUACCAUGUUAAAAGAUGGACAGUAGGCAAGAUAGGAAGUGUUGUGAUAAAGUGCUAGGAUUUCUGAUGUACAAAUACAACAAUACAAUACAUGAAUGUGAGAGUUAAAUAACAUUCACUGUUUUAAAGGUUUAUGGUACACCAGUUUGGUCUAUAGACAUUUCUUCAUGCAUAUAUGUAAGGCCAGCACAUUUAAGUCAACCACUGGUUGUAUCUCAUCUGUAUGAGAGGGUGUAUGCUGUGGUAUAUCAUUUGAUAUUACAACUUGCAAAUGGUGUAAAAACUGCUGAAUCGGUGAAGAAAUUAAUUUAAUAUGGCCUGUAAGGACAUUUAUGAUUUAUUCUAUGAUAUGAUUUUGAUUCAAGCCUAGUUGAUUGUGAAAAGUCAUAAAAUAGGCUUGUUCAGCUUUGAUUUACAUACGAUGUAUGAUGUGAUAUGAAAAUGAAUCAUAUUACACCAGCAUAUUAUUUAUGUAAGGUCAAAGUACAUGCAUCUCAUUAGGUUGUUAAACAAGUCUUUGUCAGCUGUGAGUGAAGCAGGAGUGUAUAACAUCAUAUAUACCACUCUAUUUCCUCAUCCCUACCUGUAGAUAAUCUUCUCCUACUACAGGUUACUGUAUUCUGUUUAAAUGUCCUCAUUUUACAUUCACAGGUUGAGCUUUUUGCUGUUUACUACAUUGUGUGCUUUGUUUUUUGUUGUUUUUCCUGUACAUCACUUUAUAUUAAGAAAUCUGACUUUAACGAAACAAAAUUGUAAAAUAAAAUGCGCAAUGCCGCUGAAUUUUUGACGUAAGCUGUCCCAGUUGUUUGAGUUU